AUGGAAAGUGUUACGAGUGCUUUCUUUGUUGACACUGAAGACUUGGAAAUGUUUGGAUUCAGUGAAUUAGAAGACAUCUGUGAAGACUUAGAUUUAGUUAAACUCUGUGAUGAAUUUGAAGCAAAACAAAAACCUCACUUGGUUGAUCCAUCAUAUGAUGAUGAGUUGUAUAAAUUUUUGCUAUGGUUAAAAAAAAAUAGUCAACGGUCAUCAUCUUUGUCAUCAUAUGAGAUUCAAACUGGUUCCGGAGGACUUCGAAAAAGGAGUGCUGAAGAUGGUGAUAAAAGCAUGAAA